GGCGUGACCGUGCACUGCGGUACCCUGAUUGUUGCGUCCCUUCUGCACUCGUCUGUUCAUCAUUCUCUUUUUUCCCCGCUAUUUUAAAACGCACCAGCUGGGCUGAUAAUCACAGUGACAACUAAACACUGCUCGCGGCCCACACAAGGAACCUAAGUAUGUAUUCCAUCGGAGGAGUGUCGUCGCGUAUUUACAAGGAACGCCUGCAGGCAGAAGGGAUGGGAAGCAAUGACAAUGCGGUCAAGUUCCUGAACCAGGACUACGAGGAGCUGAAGAGAGAGUGUCUGGAGGGCGGCAGGCUGUUUGAGGACCCCUGCUUCCCCGCCGUGCCACAGUCACUGGGCUUCAAGGAGCUCGCGCCAAACUCCUCCAAAACACGCGGCGUGCAGUGGUUAAGACCCUCUGAGCUGUCAAAUAACCCUGAGUUCAUAGUGGGCGGAGCCACACGUACAGAUAUUUGCCAGGGGGCCCUAGGGGACUGUUGGCUGUUAGCUGCCAUCGCGUCCCUGACUUUAAACGACAGGCUGCUUCACAGAGUUGUACCUCAUGGACAAAGCUUUACGGAUGAGUAUGCCGGCAUCUUCCACUUCCAGUUCUGGCAGUUUGGCGAGUGGGUGGACAUUGUGAUCGAUGACCGUUUGCCAGUGAAGGAUAAAGAGCUGAUGUUUGUUCACUCGGCAGAGGGAAAUGAGUUUUGGAGCGCCCUGCUGGAAAAAGCCUAUGCCAAGCUAAAUGGCUCAUAUGAAGCUCUUUCGGGAGGAUCCACCACCGAAGGCUUCGAGGACUUCACGGGUGGAGUAGCGGAGAUGUAUGAGCUGUGUAAUGCUCCCAAAGAUUUGCCCCGCAUCAUUGCCAAAGCCUUGGAGAGAGGCUCACUGUUGGGCUGCUCUAUUGAUGUGAGUCCCCACAGCGCCUACUACAGGCCUGGAGACACAGAGCAGCAUUUAUGGAUCCACAUACUCACUUUUUUAUGUAAUUUGAGUGUAUUUGUCUGGCAGAUCACCAGUGCCUUUGAUAUGGAGGCUGUAACCUUUAAGAAGCUGGUGAAGGGGCAUGCAUACUCCGUCACGGGUCUCAGAGAGGUGAAUUUCCGUGGCAGCAGAGAGAGGCUCAUCCGCAUCCGAAACCCUUGGGGGCAAGUUGAGUGGACGGGGGCUUGGAGUGACAAUUCUUCUGAGUGGAAUGGGAUUGAUCCAGCAGAAAGAGAGGAGAUGAACAACCACAUGGAAGAUGGCGAGUUCUGGAUGUCAUUUCAAGAGUUCAAACGUCAGUUUUCUCGCCUGGAGAUCUGUAACCUCACGCCGGACGCUCUGAGUGAAGACUCUCUUAAUUUCUGGAACACGAUUAAAUUUAACGGCACCUGGAGGAGAGGAAGCACAGCGGGGGGCUGCAGGAACCACCCCAAUACAUUCUGGAUAAACCCUCAAUAUAAGAUCACGCUGCUGGAGGAAGAUGAUGAUCCUGAAGAUGAUGAGGUGGCCUGCAGCUUCCUGGUGGCCUUGAUGCAGAAGGACAGGCGACGUUACCGCAAGCAAGGGCAGGACAUGCACACCAUCGGCUUCGCCUUAUAUAAGGUCCCAGAAGAGUUCAGUGGUUCCCAGAGCAUUCACCUCAAGAAGGACUUUUUCUUGCGUCAGUCAUCCUGCGCACGCUCAAAAACCUUCAUUAACCUGCGGGAAGUCAGCACCCGACUGAAGCUGCCGCCGGGCGAGUAUCUCAUAGUCCCAUCCACUUUUGAGCCCGGAAAAGAGGCCGAUUUCGUCCUGCGAGUCUUCACUGAGAAACAGUCAGAAACUCAAGAAAUGGAUGAUGAGAUUUCAUUUAACCUGGAAGAUGAAGAAGAGGUUUCAGAAGAUGACAUGGAAGACUCUUUCAAAAAACUGUUUGCGCAGCUGUCCGGAGAGGACAUGGAGAUUUCAGUUCACGAGCUCAGGACCAUUCUGAACCGAGUGGUUGGCAAACACAGGGACUUGAAGACAGACGGGUUCAGUUUGGAGUCGUGCAGGUGCAUGGUCAGCCUGCUGGAUAAAGAUGGCAGCGCUCGCCUGGGAAUUGUGGAGUUCCAGAUUCUGUGGAAUAAAAUCAGGAAGUGGCUGGGCAUUUUUAGAAAGUUUGAUCUGGAUAAAUCUGGCACGAUGAGCUCGUAUGAAAUGCGCCUCGCCGUCGAGUCGGCCGGUUUUAAACUCAAUAACAAGCUACAUCAAAUAAUCGUGGCGCGAUAUUCUGAUGGAGAAACGAUCGACUUUGACAAUUUCGUCUGUUGCCUGGUCAAGCUGGAGGCCAUGUUCAGGACUUUUAGAGAGCUGGACAAAGAGGGUUCAGGCGUCGCAGAGCUCAAUGUUAGUGAGUGGCUGUACCUGACCAUGUGUGGUUGAUGUGUGGAGAUCAUAUGGUGAAGGGCCAAAAUCACUCCCUCAGUUGCAGCUUUAAGCCAUUACACCCAAAGAUCCCGGAGCAAUACAGUACAUACUGCCUUAAAACAUCCAUCAUAAGCCUCACAAUUAAUAUCCUCAUUAUGCAAGGCAUGUUUAACACUUAUAAACCACUAAAUGUUAAGAAAAAAUGUAAUGCAUCGUUUCGGAGAGCAACGUAACAUAGCUUUAUGAUAAAGUGCAUGCCACUAACAUUAUGCUGUAGGUGAUUUUACUGUACCUCGCAUAUGUAGCUGAACUUAGCGUUUGAGGUUUGCACCACUGAUAAUUAAAAAUGUAACUUUCAUUUGAUUUUGUUCAGAGUGUGACUUUGAUAGGAGUUACGAUCACUGUGAUUUGACGUGCUAUUAUUUAUAGAAGAAUAGCUUGCGUUCUUACAGGAUAUUCAGGGAAUUGUUCUAAAUAUUUUGUUUUAUGCUGCUUGUUAAUUUAGGGAAGAGAAAAUAAAGGAUAAAUAUACCUUC